AUGCUCAAACCUGGCCCAUCUCCUCCCCUACACGUGCUCUCUCCUCCACAGUUCACGGUGUGCCUGCGGUGCAAGGGGCAGACGAUUUACCAGCAGGUCUUGUCCGUGGAGAGACCCAGCAGGCUGCAGGGCUGGAACUGGGGCUACUGCGGCCACUACGCCUUUUACCAUGCCCUGUACCCCCGUGCCUGGCUGGUGUACGAGCUGCCGGGGCAGAAGGUGGUGCUGACUUGCCGACAGCUCUCUCCCGUCAUCCCCCAUGACUAUCAGGACUCCAGCUUGCCAGUGGGAGUGUUCAUCUGGGAGGUGGAGAACGGGAGGGAUGAGGACGUGGAAGUGUCCAUCAUGUUCAGCCUGCAGAACGGCACGGGAGCGGAGGAGGACAGGAGCGGUGGGCACUGGAACGAGCCCUUCACCUUCCAGAAGGAUGGCGAGCAGGUGGCUGGAGUCCUGCUACACCACUGCCCAGCUGUGAACUCCUUCACCCUGGCCAUCUCUCCCCAGGAGAAGGCUGGCACAGGAGUCUCCCAUGUCACGGCAUUCAAUCCCAUGGGAUUGGGCAGAGAGGUGUGGCAGGACCUCCUGCAGGAUGGCAGGCUGGAUUCACCCACCGUUCUGCCCUAA